AUGAUCGUCCCUCAUCGUGUGGAGAGCGUGGAAGGAGAAGAUGUUGAAGCAGAGAAUCUCAUAGAGAUCGCACCUCCUUCCACUAUCACGGAUAAGAUCAUAAAACUCGAGGAGCCUGAUUUUAGUGAGGACGAAGUCAUUAAGGCUAUCGAAAUUCCGGCUUUAGCCCAUAUCGAUGAAAACGUUGAAGUGAAUGGUAUCAAAAUUUGGCCUCUUGUGGCUGAAGUUGUGAAACUGGCUCAUAAACCAGGAGUGCGAGAACUGUAUAGGAAAUGCACAGCCUUGGUUCUCAAAGAGAAUACCAACAUGCUGGAUAGUGCAAUUUCACGGCGUGUUGCAGCAGAAUUCAAAUGUCAUGGAGUGACGGCUUCGCGACUUACCAAUUAUGCCAGGCGUGUGAAGCGCCGGCUGCCUUCGUCUUCCAGGCGUGAGAGUGUAGCAGUUGUAGAUCUAGCGUUCGACGGGAAACGUAACAUCUCUGAUAUCGCAGGUAACCACUUGCCGCCACUGGAGCUGAGGAAAGUUUGCAAUGCUUUAGCCUCAAUUCUUCAUAUGCAACGUGGUCAGGUAGAGUUAACGGUCUAG